UUCGCUGCCGGCGAUUUGAGACAGUACUCGAAACAAUUUCGCCAACGUUCCAUACAUGCGCAGGAGAACAUGAUUUGGUCUGUCUCGCUUCAGAUCACAGAUGCUGUUGAAGCUCUGCAUAGUCUUGGCGUAAUCCAUUGCGAUCUAAAGCCAGAAAAUGUACUGGUAGAUACCUCCGGCCGCGAGGUUCGGGUAGUAGUCGCAGAUUUUGGCCUUGCACGAAUGGUCAGCGAGAUACACCCCGGUUUCAUAGGAAUAGGUACCAUAUCAUAUCAUCCUCCCGAGAACCAAAUUGGAGCCGGAACGGAUGUGUGGGCUAUCGGAGCAAUCAUACAUUUCCUCGCUACAGGCGAGCCC